AUGCCGCCAGAUAGUGAUACUAUUAUAGUAAAUACUCAAGAAAACAGACAGGAGAGCCUAGGGCUAGAGGCUCAAACUGAUAGAGAAAUGGACGUAGAGUUCACUCCAGCCACCCCCACACAAAACCAACCAACACCAAGCGUAUUCGAAAUACCAAUACUACCACUAACUAAAUAAACGAUACGCAAACUUCUCACCAGAGACUUCCUAUAGAGGUAGAAACCCAUACCAGAACACCUCUAGCGUAAAACCAAUUGCCAAGAACUCCGAACAGGCAAUCUAUUGGGCUAGAGACCUUAUUCUUCAAGCCUCCACGAUGGAAGAAUCCCAUGUAGCUCAAAAUAAGCUACUAGAGCUACUAGACGUCUUUAGAGACUAUACUCAAACUGGCAGAGUAGCUAACCAAAUCACGGAAAAACUAUCUGCCAAGCUAGCUUACCACUCAGCCACGCUCGCAAAUGCCUCUCAGCAAGCAACAAAGACGCUUAAACAAGCUACUACU